GGCAUAAUAUAACAAUCAGAGCUUUCAUUUGUUCUAAGAUAGAACCAAUAGAAAUACACGCGAUCGUAGGUUGUCAAAUUGCUACACAUGCUACCAACAUCCGGCUUUCGCGAAGACACAUUUUAUACUUGUGUUUAAAUAAAGAGACUUCUGUCAGAUCAGCUGGAUGCUGUUAUCCAAACGAGAGCUUCGUUAUGAUUUAAAUUUUUGGUAUCGAAACUCCCGAUUGGAUAACCCAGUCACAACUCUCGUCUAUCAGAAGUCACUACGUAAAUUGGAGUAUAGAAAAGCGGUCCAUUGAGCCGUGUUUUGUAGAUUUUUGGCGGUUUCAUCCGAUCGCACUUAUUUUGCGCAAGUUCUGCACUUUUUUGUUCAGAUGUGAAAAGGAUAGGUUUUGAUUAAGACGAAGAUAAACAAAUUAGGAAAAAUGUGUGGUCGAGCAGCAUGCACUCUUUGUCCUGAUGACAUCCAAAAGGCUUGUGGGUACAAGGCCCCAAAUUCUGGAAAGAAAUUCCAGAAGCCUAAAUGGAAUGAGGGGAACGGCUAUAAUCAGUAUAAACCAUCCCACAAUAUUGCCCCUACUGAAGUGUUGCCUGUCUUAGUAUCUGGCUCUCAAGUAAAUGAUGAAUCUGAAAGAGUGAUUCAACCCAUGAUAUGGGGAAUGAUUCCACCUUGGCACAAAGGUGAUCCAAAAACACACGGACUGACAACACAUAAUUGUCGACUGGAACACAUGCUAUCAUCAAAACUGUACUCUCCUCCAUUUUCUAAGGGUCUUCGGUGUGUGGUAGUUUGUGAUGGAUUUUAUGAGUGGCAAACUACCAAGGGAAGCAAAAACAAACAACCAUAUUUUAUUUACAGACCUCAGCCAGAAGGAGUGGAGAUAGAAUCUGCCACUACAUGGACUACGGAUUGGUCUGAUAGUGAGGGAUGGAAAGGACCUCAGCUUUUAAAAAUGGCUGGACUCUUUCAGAUUUUCAAAACAACUGAUGGAGAAGAAAUUUAUAGUUGUACUGUAAUUACCAUGGAAUCUAAUGAAACGCUUUCUUGGUUACAUCAUCGUACUCCUGCUGUAUUGGAAUCUGAUGAACAAGUGUCUGAUUGGCUAGAUGCAGGAAAUGUACCUUCCAAGAAAGCUUUGGACCUCAUAACACCUCCCAAAACAUUGUCUUGGCAUCCUGUUUCUACCCUUGUUAACAAUUCUCGCAAUAAGGAUGAAGAAUGUAAUAAAAGGAUAAGUUUAAGUACUCCACCAGUGAAAAGAUCUGCUAGUGGCUGUUUCAUGGAUUCAUGGCUGAAGAAAGGAUCUCCCGCAAAGAAAAGCACAGAUGAUAUAAGUCAAGAUGAGAAACGGGCCAAACAUUAAAAUUCGAACAAUAUUUCUUUCUGUACAAUGAAUUCUGUUCAAUAAUUCCAAGUACAAAUUGUUUCAGUAUUACUUUUGUGUACAGUAUCUGAUUAUUUUAUUCUGAACAAGUUGAAAUCAAUUGUAGAACUUAGUUGAAUUUCUGUUCAGUUUGUAAAAUGCUAGUUUCAGAUAUUAAAGUUAUAUCAAAAGACAAAAUAUGUAAUUCAUUUCACAUCCUGUAAUUGUCAAUAUUUGACUAUUCCCAUUUUAGAGAAAUUCUAAAUCAUAG